AUGUUUGGUAGAAAUUUGGUCACGUGGUCGUUACUAGUGUGCUACAUAGCUUCACUAGUUCAGUCUUGGUCGCCAACAGAUUCGUAUGCCCCAGGCAGUGUAGACUGUCCAAGUGAUAAAGAUUUGGUCAGGAUUGCAGAUAGUAUAUCAGAUGAGGAAAAAUCGUGGUUAGAAGGAAGGGAUUCCAUUACUCGUGAUAAAUUGUCACAGUUUUUGAACCAUGCCAACAUGACAGAUAUUGAUGUCGACGCUUAUGCCAAAGGGAACAGAAGUAUACAUAUCGGGUUGGCCUUUUCUGGUGGUGGAUAUAGAGCAAUGUUAAAUGGUGCUGGACAGUUGAGUGCCUUGGAUUCAAGAACUCGUAAUAAUGACUUCAACGAGCAAAAUCUGCUGAUUAGUGGUUUAGGCGGUUUAUUAGAUGCAACAACCUAUAUUGCUGGAUUAUCCGGUGGAAGUUGGCUAGUUGGUUCAAUUGUAAUGAACAAUUUUACUUCGGUGCAGCAAAUUGUGGACCAAAACAAAAUUUGGGAUUUAACAAGAUCAAUUUUUAAUUAUGGUAAAUUUAACAUUAAAAAGUCUUAUAAGUAUUAUAAGGGAAUAUCCGAUGAUAUUGAAGCUAAAAGAAAAGCCGGAUUUGAGUUGACUCUUACUGAUACCUGGGGUAGGGCUUUAUCGCAUCAAUUCUUUACUACUUUGGAUGACUAUGGUGCAUCAAUGACAUUUAGUUCCCUACAAGAUUGGCCCAUUUUCACCGAACACAAUAUGCCCUUUCCAAUUAUAUUGAGUGACGCCAGAGCUCCUAAUACUAAAAUUAUUAGUUUAAACUCUAGUUUAAAUGAAUUCAAUGCUUUUGAAAUGGGUAGUUGGGAUCCUAGUAUUUAUCAAUUCACUCAGAUUAAAUAUUUGGGUACUCAAGUAAGAGAUGGCGAAACAAACGGUUCCUGUAUUGGAGGAUUCGAUAAUGCAGGUUUUAUAAUGGGUCUGUCAUCAACAUUGUUCAAUGCUAUAAUCUUUCAAGUUAAUACCACUACAAUUCCAAAAGCCUUAAAAACCAUCAUUACAUCAAUUUUGCAAGAUGUUUCCAAACAUGAAGACGAUGUUGCCAUGUACAAACCCAAUCCUUUCUACGACACGACUGCUGGAUUUUCAACCAAUAUUGCGCAAAACGACUCUUACACUUUAGUUGAUGGUGGGGAAGAUGGGGAGAACAUCCCUCUAUAUCCAUUAUUUCAACCGGCCCGUGAUGUUGAUGUUGUUUUUGCAUUUGACAAUUCGGCAGAUACUCCCCAAAAUUGGCCAAAUGGUAGUUCCUUGGUAGAGUCUUACAAUAGACAAUUUGGUGUUGAGGGAAACAAUACCAUAUUCCCAUAUGUUCCUGAUACGAACACAUUUGUUAACAAAAACUUGACAGCCAAACCAACAUUCUUUGGUUGUAAUGCAAAAAACUUAACUUCAUUGGCCAGAAACAACAAGACUGAUGUAUACGACGUUCCAUUAUUGGUCUAUAUUGCCAAUCGCCCAUUUUCGUAUUUUACAAACACUUCAACCGAGAAAAUGAAAUAUGACAAUAAAGAGCGGAACUCUAUUAUCACAAACGGGUUCGAAGUGGCAUCAAGGUACAACUUGACUUUGGAUCCUGAGUGGCCUGCAUGUGUCGGAUGUGCCAUCAUUAGAAGAACUCAAGAAAGAAACGGCGAGGAGCAAAGCGAGCAGUGUAAACAAUGUUUUGAAAGAUACUGUUGGGAUGGACUGUUGGACACUUCUGAUGCAGACGAUAAAAUGUUCUACACAGAUCAAGGAACAACUUCUGAGCAGGAGGGUUUGAAGAAGACUAAUAGUGGUAAUAAGGCGACAUUGAAUUGGUCACUUUGGUUUGGAUUGUUGGCUAUGAGCUUGGUUUUUUUCAGAUAA